AUAACCUUCAGAGCCCUGCUCCAGCCCUACUUUGCUUGGUUGAUCAGCUUGAAUUUAAAACAAGCCUUUUGGAAGUGGUCGAGGAGCUUCGUAUUUGUCGUGUUCUGGAAAGGGAUAAUGAGCUGCUCCAGAAGAAGGCAAAAGAAAAUGAAGAUAAAGUUCAGAUUCUUGAGAGAGAAAAUGAAAAGUCUACAGCUCAGUGGAAAAAGGAGGAGGCUAGAUUAAAUGAAGAAAAGCAACAAAUUAAAUCUGAAUUGGAAUCAUUCAAAAAGUCCCGUGCAACAUGCCAAGAAGUCUACUGGAAACUUCCUGCACAGAGUGUACAAGAACACCAAAUACAGACACAACAGUUAAUAACAGGAGUGGGUUUUCUCCAGACGCUACUAACACAUCUGCAAAAAUGCCAAGGAAAGCAACUGAUAACGGGGCUGUCUUUGUGAAUGAGAAAGAGUGCAUCUGCGUAGCAACUGUGGAAGGUAAUGCUGAGGAGCUGAAAGUCAUUCACCAAGGUGAAACAGGGAACAUUUUCUGUGAGGCUGAAUCUACACGUGUAAAACUAGAGUCACAGUGUGGCUCUGUCUGUUUGGCAGAGGUCCCAGUGGAAGGAGGAAAGGUGCUCUCAGACAGUACUGAUGCAUUAGGUGUCUGCAGUGCAGAUGAAGGUCAGCAGACAGACUCCAUCGCACAUAAAUUCGGUGCAGGCAAGAGCGAUACCAAUGAUAAGACAGAAACCACACAGUGUGACAAAGGUGUCUUUAUAAAUGAACCACUGAGGACUGAAGCCAGAACAACACUUGGCAAUGAUGCGAUUUUGACAAAGGAAGUCAGUGCAAAUGAAGUACGAUGGGAGACUAACCAAGUUCAGAACCAUGCUGUUUCUGAUCUCGACUCUCAAUCAGCAAUACCUGAAAUUAAAAAUGAGCAGAACUCCAUCUUACAUCAGCAGCAACAACAAGAAUGCCUAAGACAAGCUAUUACUGUAAUGGAGGAAAACUGUGCUGCUACCAGUGGUACAAUCAGAUCUCCCACAUUGUUUCAUCCCUGCUGUAAACCGGACGUCAGUUCCACAAUGUUGUCCAUUGAUCAGUCUGAUCAUAAAGUUCCAUUUGAAAACUGUAUUGUUAACACUUGUGUUAAUCCUGACAAUAAAAUAGACAUUUCAGUUGCAAAACUGCUGAGCCCCACCAAUGAUGGGAAAGAUAUUACCAAGGAAAUUGGUAAUAAUUCAGAAAGCAUUCCUAUUAAUACCGAUGAUCAACAGAAGGAAACAAAUUACUUAGAAGCUUUUGCUUCUGAUAGCAAAGCAGCCACAUGUUUGGAUAAAAUUGAAUCUAACACUGGUGAAGCUUUGGGAAACCUUGAAUAUCUACAAGGCAAUAUGACUCAAAGCAAAGGCUGUGAGAACAGUAACCUCUCAUUAAAUAUCACACACAGUGUGACUGUAACCCCAAACUCUCAAGAUAGAAAGGAAGUUCAUAGUGCAAUGGAUUUAGCAGCCGCAGUGGAAAGUGGGCAAGAAGCAAUUAGUAAACUAGGUUUAUGCCCUGAAUUACGAGAAGUAGGGGCUUUCCCCAAGAUAACAGAAAAUGAACUCAAAUCUAUCUUUAUAAAUACUGCAUUGAAUCCAGUUGUAACCACCAGUCUAGAUCACAGAAAUGAAACACCAACUUCUGAGGCAGAGGCUGCAACCAGCAAAACAACGGUAAAUCAGUGUUCCUGGAAAUUUUGUAGUCUGCCUUCUCUGGCCCCUAGAAAAGAAAAGUAUAUGGCGAACAAAGCCAUGGUAUCACUCCCAUUCUCGCUGCCUGGAGACAAAUUGGAAAGUCCUAUCACAAGCAGAAAGGUCCCUCUGACAUUUGCUUUUCCGAAAUCCAUCAGUGAAAUGAGUCUGACAAGGCCAAUUGUAGCAGUUAGACCUAGCCAUAGCAAAUAAUUAAUCCACAGUAGUAGCCAUUGAAAUCGUGCGCUUGGAUCCUGAGCAAUGCUCAGGAAAAUGCUGUGUGUGUGUGAACCAAGUGGCUGCAACCCAGCACCAGUGAGUGAAACUUAGUUAAAAUUACAAAAAUCUUGCGUCUUAUGCAUGUUGUCUGCAUCCUUUGAAUAGAUUACUACCUUGCAUUUCACUCCCAUCUAUCCAGUAUCUCCUAUAUAACUUUGAAGGCAUAAGCCAACUCACGGAACACGUAUGUCUCCUCUCCUGGCUUACUCCCAAAGUCUGAAAUGUAUUGGUCAUACGGGGCUUUCCAUCAUCAAACUAAUCAAAGGUGAUUUACUGUCUCACAUGAUCAACUUACCAGACCCUGUGUGACUAAGUCCAGACACAGACGUGAACUCUUUAUCCUGACAGGAAACCAAGUCAUCAGAAGAAAUAACAGAAUAUGCACAUCUGAGGCAUAAUAAGGUGGAAUGUUUGUAAAUUAAUACUUGUCAUUUCUAGAAAUUAACCACUAGUUAAGCAUUUAUCAAGGAAAGAUGCAUUGUGAACAAAUAUUGUAAAUGAGUUUUGAGUGAUCUGACAGUAUAAGAACAAAGCCUGAAUUUGAAUAGGAAAUUGUAUUGUGAAUGGAUGAACAGUGAAGUGUCUCUGAUUAAAGUGGAAUAGCCAUAAUUCUCAAGGUCAGAUAGAAACUAGCAGUUCAGUGACUUUAAAAUUAGCAUCUGGGGAAUUUCAAAGUUUAGAGCACCGAGUGUAG